GGCGAGUUUAGAGCGGCUGCACAAGUCGACCGUCAAGGAUUUCAGUGAGUGAUGAUGCAGUGAAAUGUGAAUCAACACACCCAGUUUGUUCUUCUUGCCCAAUGGGCUGACAGCGGGGGCGGGCCAAGAUGUUGAGUGACAUUCCUCGGGACGCCCUUCUUCGCCCACUCACCCGGAAUGAGGUGGUGGGGAUGUUGGUUAGACUGACCAUUUUUGGAGCUGCAACUUAUUACAGCAUCAAAUGGGUGGUGGAUGCUUUUGACCCAACACAAAAACAAAAAUCCCAAGCCAAGAAAAGGGCAGAGCAGUUGAUGAAGCAGAUAGGCGUAGAAGGAGUCAGUCUGACGGAGUAUGAGAUGAACAUCGCCACUCAUCUUGUUGAUCCUCGCUGCAUCAAAGUGACAUGGAGAGAUGUUGCUGGGCUAGAUGAGGUCAUCUCAGAGCUGCAAGACACUGUAAUUUUGCCUUUUCAGAAACGUCAUCUCUUCUGUGGUUCCAAACUCUUGCAACCUCCCAAAGGUGUACUUUUGUAUGGGCCACCGGGAUGUGGAAAGACUUUAAUUGCCAAAGCAACAGCGAAAGCGUCUGGAUGCCGCUUUAUUAAUCUACAGGCCUCCACUUUGACUGACAAGUGGUAUGGCGAAUCGCAAAAGCUCACUGCUGCUGUAUUCUCAUUGGCGGUCAAGAUUCAGCCCUGCAUAAUUUUCAUUGAUGAAAUAGAUUCAUUCCUGAGGAAUCGUUCCAGUAUGGACCAUGAGGCCACCGCUAUGAUGAAGGCCCAGUUCAUGAGUCUGUGGGAUGGAUUAGACACAGCACAAAACAGUCAGGUAAUGGUGAUGGGGGCUACUAAUAGACCACAGGAUGUUGAUGCAGCAAUACUACGCAGAAUGCCUACUGCCUUUCAUGUAGGCCUGCCUAAUGCAGCUGAAAGAGAAGAAAUCCUUAGACUAAUUCUGUCUGGUGAAAACUUAAGUAACGUGAUUAACCUAAAGGAAAUAGCGGGGCAAACUGAGGGCUACUCCGGCAGUGAUCUGAAAGAGCUGUGCAGGGACGCCGCCAUGUACCGCGUCAGAGACUAUGUCCGCAAACUGCAGAUGAAACAGAUCGCACAACAGUUCCAGCUGGAUGAAGAGGAAGAGCAUUUGGACGGCACGCAGCUGAGGCCCGUGACUCAACUGGACCUGCUGUUUGGCCUAGAUAAGAUGAGAGAGUCCAAACAGGCCACAGUUACAGCUGACCCAACAAAUCUGAGAGAGGUGCCUCUGGACUGAAAACAUCUCGCUUUACACCUUCAUACACUUAUUUCCCCUCUCUCACUUAUUUCUUCCUGCGUUCUUUCUCUACUUUUUACAUUUCUGUUGUAUUUCAAACAUUACUACUUUGCACUUUAAGGAAUUUACUGUCACACACUCAAUACAACAACCAUGUUUAUGUGUUGUAACAAUAGUAUACACGCAUACAUAACAUUUCAGAUAUGAUUAUCUUUUGGUUGCAUAUUGUAGAAGCAGAUAUUGAACCACUUUUGGGAUUUGAGAGAGAAAAAAAAACAAAAACAAUCUUCACUAUGUCUAUAAAUGUUUUAGUAAUCAGGACCAGAUUUCCUGAAACACCAAGUGUAGUCUAACUGUCUUAUUAGGAUGCAUGAGUGUUAAAGUUAUACUGAAUGAUGCAUGUGUGAGUUUCGUUCACACCAAUUUAGCCAUGAUGAGAUUAAUUUGUGCAAAGGGCAUGUCUGGGUCAUAUUUUAACCCAAAAUCAAAAGAAAAUAAAUUUGCAUAAGGAAAAUUAGUUUCUUUUCAAUGUGAAUUAUUUUCAUGUCAAUUAAUUAUCAAUUUAUACAGUAGUGUGAUAUAUUGAUAUAUAUAUAUUAUUUGCAUUUUCUAAUAUUUUAAAUAUUUAACUUAUACUUUACAAUUAUAUAGUACUAAAAAUCAAAUUUUGUUUAUUAAAUUUGAAUAAAAAUAAUUUUGAUUGUAUUAUAAUACUGUGUAUUUAUUACAGUGUAUGUUUAUAUUACAAAUUAAGAGAAUUUGAGGAGAAUUUGAGAAUAAUUUCCAUUUUUUAUCUUUUGGUUUUGGGUUGAAAUAUUUUUUGUGAGAUCCAAGUGACCAGAUAUUUAUCAUUUGUUUGUCUUAGUGUACAAAAGUUUUAUUUGUAGGAAUAAAAAUAACAAAAAAAGUGUGAUAUCCCGCACAUAAAGCGAUGGCUCUCUAGGUAUAGACGGCUCUGUAUCCACAUGAACCAAGGGACAAAUCAAAGGGACAAAUGGUGCUACAUGUAUCUACUUAGAAUUAAGUAAUUUCUCACUUUGGUUAUUUAAAGAUGUUUACAUCUGUCAUAUAUUGAUGUUCAGAUUAGUCAGAGUGUGUUUAGAAGUAGGUUUUGCUUGAAAAAUAACUCAUUUUUCAGUCAUUCUGUCAAACCAGCAUCAUGAUACUCAUACAAUAAUACAAAUAAUAUGGGCACAAAGGUCACUACCAGUUUUGUCCGUCCUCACUGAAUGGCUUUUCACCAGCUCUAAAUGCAAAAUUUUUGCUUUUGCCAAACCAUUCCAAAGAUUUAAGCAAUUGUUUCCCCAUUGGCUAAAUAUGUUAUAAGGUAGCCGUAUGUCUCCAUGUGUUACUUUGAUAAUGGGCAUUGUGUUGGGAAACACAAACAUGUCUGGCAGCUUAAUUAACUGUCUGUCACGCAUUGCUUAUUGAAAUGGCAAAUACACUUAUUUAGAUUUCUUUUAUCGUGUCAUGUAUAUUUCCAAAUGAUUUGACUUUAUGAAAUAUUUAACAUGUAAAUGAAGCAAAUGUGGUUGUUUGGCAAAGUAUUCCCACAGUAGUUCCGUGUUUGCGGAGAGAUUUGGUUUCCUUUAGGCAUCAGAUGACACUUUUAAUGCUUUGAAUGUCUGCGUUUCUGCUUUGGUAAUCACAUACCUGGUUGUGUUAUAAAGAGAGGGAGAAAUGAACUCAGAUCUCCUUUUUGCUUUUCGUUGCUACAAUCACCUUCUGUUGUCACAUAAAAUUUGGUAUUAAUGUUGGGAUGGUUUUGCUGAAAAUACCUUUUGUCCAAAAAAAGCAAACAUUCUUUCAUAUUGUCUGGCUACAUUUAAGAUAAAAUUAUUUUCUCACCAAUAAAUAAUUGGUGUGACUGUUGCAUUAAGUGUUUUCCCAACUUAUAAUAAACCCAUCUGGAAUGUA